GCUCCCGGGCUGAGCGGCGGCUCCGCGGCCUCCCCGCGGCCCAUCCUCGCAGCCCGCCCCCGCCUCCGACAGGGCUCUCGCCCGCACCCCCUCCCCGCCCCGGCCCGCCCGGCCGGGGAUGAGGCGGUGCGGCGGUGGCACAAAGGCUCCUCCGGGGCUGCCCGUUGCCUAGCGCGGCCCAACGCUCCCCGGCUCGGCCCCUCCGCCGCCCCCUCGCCGGCUCUCGUCCCCCUCAGCCGCGCUGUCCCCUCGCUGGGGACGGGCCGGCGGCUCCCGCUCCCCCCGACCGCCCCCAGCCCCAGCUUCCCAGGGGAGGAUGUCGGAGGAUCACGAGAUGGACAAGACGAUCAAGGAAACCUCCAUUUUAGAGGAGUACAACAUUAACUGGACUCAGAAGCUGGGAGCUGGGAUCAGUGGUCCCGUUAGAGUCUGCGUGAAAAAAUCCUCUCAAGAACGCUUUGCACUGAAAAUCCUUCUUGAUCGUCCAAAAGCUAGAAAUGAGGUACGUCUGCACAUGAUGUGUGCAACACAUCCAAACAUUGUUCAGAUCAUUGAAGUGUAUGCUAACAGUGUGCAGUUCCCACAUGAAUCCAGCCCAAGGGCUCGGCUCCUAAUUGUAAUGGAGAUGAUGGAAGGGGGAGAGCUAUUUCACAGAAUCAGCCAGCACCGGCACUUUACUGAGAAGCAAGCAAGCCAAGUAACAAAGCAGAUAGCUUUGGCUUUGCAGCAUUGCCACUCACUAAACAUUGCACAUAGAGACCUCAAGCCUGAGAAUCUCCUCUUCAAGGAUAACUCUCUGGAUGCACCUGUUAAAUUGUGUGACUUUGGAUUUGCCAAAGUAGACCAAGGUGACUUGAUGACACCACAGUUCACUCCAUAUUACGUAGCACCUCAGGUACUGGAGGCACAAAGACGGCAUCAGAAAGAAAAAUCUGGUAUCAUCCCCACCUCCCCAACACCUUACACUUACAACAAGAGCUGUGACUUGUGGUCCCUGGGUGUCAUUAUUUACGUGAUGCUGUGUGGAUACCCUCCGUUUUACUCCAAACACCACAGUCGGACCAUUCCCAAGGACAUGCGGAAAAAGAUCAUGACGGGAAGCUUUGAAUUCCCAGAGGAGGAGUGGAGCCAGAUCUCAGAAAUGGCCAAAGACAUUGUGCGAAAGCUGCUGAAGGUCAAACCCGAGGAGCGGCUGACCAUCGAAGGUGUGCUGGACCAUCCCUGGCUCAACUCCACCGAGGCCCUCGAUAACAUCCUGCCCUCUGCCCAGCUCAUGAUGGACAAGGCAAUGGUUGCAGGGAUACAACAGGCUCAUGCAGAGCAGCUUGCGAACAUGAGGAUCCAGGACCUCAAAGUCAGUCUCAAACCCCUUCACUCCGUCAACAACCCAAUCCUGCGCAAAAGGAAACUGCUGGGCACUAAGCCAAAGGAUGGUGUGUAUAUCCACGACCCUGAGAAUGGAAGUAACGAUUCCAAUGUGGCCCUGGAAAAGCUGAGAGAUGUGAUUGCUCAGUGCAUUCUACCCCAGGCUGGUAAAGGAGAGAAUGAAGAUGAGAAGCUGAAUGAAGUGAUGCAGGAGGCAUGGAAGUAUAAUCGAGAGUGUAAGUUGCUGCGAGACACUCUUCAGAGCUUCAGCUGGAAUGGCAGAGGAUUCACAGACAAAGUGGAUCGACUAAAACUGGCAGAAAUAGUCAAACAAGUGAUCGAAGAGCAGACAAACUCCCACGACUCUCAAUAGCUGGAGCUUCUUAACCUUAUUUUUUUUACCAUUUAAGAUUUAUUCUUUCACUGUACAAAGUAUUUUUAUGUAAAUUAAUAAAUCAUAAUUAUUUCAUUAAAUUUCCACACUGCUUGAGGAUGAUGCUGUAUAGUUGUAGAUAAAAAAGAAUCACUGGUACUGUAAUAUUUUUUUAAACCCCAGUUCCUUGAGGUAUAUAUUGAUCACUUCUGUACUGUUAAUCACAGCUCCCCCAGAUGGGGCCAAUUAUAUUGUUAAAGACCAGGUUUUCUUUCUUAAUAACCAGUUGCAGAAGCUGCCUUCCAUCUGCUAUACAUACAGCCAGCUGCAGUGGCUGGGGAUGUGAAUGAGACAGCCACAGUUUCUCAGUGCCCUGCUCAGUAAGCCCCUGAAGGCUGUGCUGUGGAACACCAACUUCAGGGUUCCCUUUGGCACCGAAAUUCUUCGUGUAGAGGCAAGUAAAUAGCUUUGUGUUUCCCUAGGUGACCCAAGAGCCGUGCUUGGCCUUGCCAAGGGCACCUCAGUCCAUAUACCUGCUGUAUUUUUCAGUUCUGAUCAGCAGCCCCCAUCUUGCUCAGACCUUUUUUAAGGCUGAAUUGGCCAUUCAGUGUGACUCCCCUUGUUUAUCAUCCUGUUCAACAGCAGAAUGGAAGAAUGUUCUACUUACUUAUUUUUGUUUUCAUGGUGGGAUCUUCUACAGAGAAAAGUAAGUGUGAGGCUCAUUUGCUUCAUCCCCAGGUCAGAAGUUGUGUGUGUGUUCCACCUGUGUACUCUUAAUUCCUUCCUGUGUAGAAGAUCCAACACUUGGUUUCAAACUCAUCCUCUUGUUUGAAAGAGAUCAUCCUGGCAAGGGUCACAGUGCUGCUGUGUGAACCCACCGGUGAGCCUUCUCUUGUGUCACCCUCUGGAGUCCAGGCUCCCAUCUCUGAUGCCUUUGAGCUCCUCCUGGGGAGCAACAGAUGCAGAGCUGCUCCUUGACACACGUCCUUCUGCUGCCUGGACCGUGAGGCUGACCAGGGCAGAUUCUUACACCAGUCUGGAAUAUUGGCUCCAAAAGCUGCUUUUUUUAAUCUUAAUCAAACAAACAAAUGAAAAGAUUCUGUACAUAUUUCUAGUUUUCUACCUUCUGAUGCUUUGCUUUCUUUUGAGACCAGUGGAAGGCUUUUUAUAGAGAUAUUUUGGUACUAAACCCGUGCAGCCAUCGAAUGAGUCUGGUCUGCAGACUGAAGUGCCAAUUCAGGGCUAUUAGUAAUGACUCUUGAACAUUGUUGUUGUAUUUCACAGCUCAUGAAUUUUAGGUUUACAUGAACAAACCUGAGCCAUGAAUCUCCCUGUUUCCUCUUACAGCAGUCCAGCCUUCUUCCUUUUUGUCUCUUUUCUAUACCAGGCUUCUUUGCAGCCUUUCUCUGGGAUGGCAAACCACUGUCUGACUCUUUCUAUAACAUUUUCUAAGCAGUGACUUCCUUUUUGUACAUGAAGGAGAUACUUAAUUUCCCAUUCUUUGUCAGCACCUUGUCAACUUCCUUUUGAUCCUGUUGAUGUGUUUCCAGUCCCUGUCUUCUUGCAGAGUGAGACCCUCAGUCCCUACUUCACCAUCGCUGUCUCUGAUGGAAACCAGGGGGUUGUAUAAGACCCUCUGGCCCUCAUCUCUGCACUGACACGUCUCAAUGACAGCUGGAGAGAAAUAAGAAGAGACCAGAGUAUUUGUUAUGUCUAGGUAGGAUCAGCAAGUUUUGCAGGCCCUAUUCUAUGCCUUUGUGUCCUUGCCCUAAAUUCUGGGCUGUGUCAACAUCCACACAACCUUUACAUGUGAUAGAUCUGUUUCCUUUUUAACUUGAAAUCCAUAUGCUGGGAAAUCUUCUUUGUGUUGCAUGUGGCAAAGAGAGAAAGAAGCAAGGAAAUCUUCUUUCUUUGAAUGAGAGUGCAAACAUUUCCCUACCAAAGCACUUUGCAGCUCUGCCCUCCGAGGAGGGAAACGCUCCGAUGCUUUCUUGGGAGAGAGAACUUGGUAGAAGAAAAAUGGAUGAGAUUGUACAAACAACUGCCUGGUACCAUCCAAACACCCUCUGAGCAACCAGUGGGACUGGUUUUUCUCUGCCAGGUCCUCUAGUUGCUACACCAGCAGCACCAGUGUAUCUGCUGUGUGCAAUGGCUGCAGCCCCCUGGGGUGUGAGAGCAGCUGCUGCUUGUGACACCCAGGGCAGCUCAAAAACAAGCUGAGGAGCUGUGAUCUGACUGUCCCACCUCUCCUCAUGGGCCCUUAACUUCCACACCACAAUCAUUUCAAGCUGCUGCUGCUGGUGAGGUGGGUAUGUCUGAGUGCAAAGUGUUUUGGUAUCUGGAGGGAAGUCAAAUUCCAAAAGGCUUUUGUGCUAAGGAACUGCUUUGUGUGGAUUUCCUCUAGAUUGUCUUGUCUGUGAGAAAUAAGAAUGGCCUGACCUAGAGUGGAGGAAAGGAGAGACAUAGGAAGAAGACACAACUUGAACAUUCAAGGUGAAAUGGUUUUACUUCUGUGAGAAAGCUGAUUGUUGGGUGUUUUUUUUACUCAAUGUGGUUUAGAUUUCCAAAUGGAAUAGACUUGAAUGGAUUAAUUUACAUCUUUUAUAGUGUUUUACUUCUCCUUUCCUGUGUUUCUUAUGCCAGAUACCUUGUCUGGAUUGUGAAAGGUUCAGUGAUGAACCUGCUGAUCUUUAUAGCAGACUGUGAAUACUGUACAUACCUGCAGCUGGAAGAGUUGUGUGGGAUCAAAGAUGACCCCUUUGUACAAACACUAAAGGAUGUGGGAAAGCUCUGGAGGGGUUGUUCUUGGUUAGAGUUUUGUUUAAGAGGAAAAAAACCAGAUCUCUGAAAUCAUUUGACCUUUUCAAACUGUUCUGUCUACCUGAUUUCUCCUGUGACUGAUUUUAAGCUCUCUCAAUGUAUGAAAAAGCUAGAAGAACUUGACUAGGCAAAGAGUUUGUUUAUUGGGAACAGCACCAUGUCAGAGCUGUGCUGUCAUUACUUCAGCUUUUUCUCUUUUGGCAAUCUGCAUCUGUCCUCACAUGCCAUGUUUUAAGUCCUGAGUGUUCCGCUGUUUUCAUUUCUCCCGUGUCACCAGGAAUGUGUUCUUUUGGUCAGUGGCAUCCUGUAAAUAUUAUGCAUUGGUGUACAUAAAUGAUUUUACUAAACUGAAAA